AUGAUCGACAUGCUCCAGUCAUUUGAGCCUUUUGCGAGUACUGGUGUCCUGCAACAAAUACUCUUCAUACGUCGCAAGGAGAGAUGUCUAUUUCCCUUUGGCGGUCUCCCUAUUACAGGUCGAUUUUAUGAUGAAGUUAUUCCAACCACUGAGAGUCUCAACAGGAAGGAUCAUAAAGGCGUGUCUUAUAUCCCACACAUUUGUCGCUACUUAUUCUUAGAGUAUCACAAGAUUUUAUGA